GGUUUCCAUAUCGGACAGAAUUAAUUGUGCUACAAUCAGGAAGUGACGGCGACUGAAACAUAUUUUGGGUUGUCAAUUUACAGUUACUUCGCAAUAUUUUCGUAAAAACAUAACUCCCACGAUGUCUUCCGAUUUUGAAUCAUACGAACAGGACUUUGGAACGCUGACAGCUGAGAUAACAAAUAAAAUUGGCAGAAUUCCUAAACUCGGUGGAGAGGAGAAGACGCAGCUGGUUUUAAAUGUUGACAAACAGCUUGAAGAAGUCAGAGAGCUGCUGGAGCAGAUGGACCUGGAGGUGCGCGAGAUUCCCGUGCAGAGCAGAGGGAUGUACAGCAACAGACUGAAGAGCUACAAGCAGGAGGUGGAGAAACUGGAGAAAGACUUUAAAAGGUCACGCAUCGCCUACAGCGACGAGGUGCGGAACGAUCUCCUGGGGGACGGAGGGAGCUCCUCGGAGGGUCAGUUGAUAAAGUUGCGUGAGGAGAGAGCGCAUCUGUUGGACAACACGGAGAGGCUGGAAAGGUCAUCUCGGAGACUGGAGGCCGGCUACCAGAUCGCCGUGGAAACAGAGCAAGUUGGGCAAGAAGUCCUGGCCAACCUGCACGGUGACCGGGAGAAGAUCCAGAGGGCUAGAGAGCGGCUGAGAGAGACAGACACCAACUUGGGGAAGAGUUCCAGGAUUCUGACAGGAAUGCUGAGAAGGAUCAUCCAGAACCGCGUCCUCAUCUUCGUCCUGGGAGCCAUCAUCCUCCUCACCAUCAUCCUGGCUAUUUAUUUCAACCUGAGAGGACGCUGAAGAAUCCCUCCAACACAACCCCCCCCCCCCGCUCCCCCGCCUCCUUCACACACACA